UCAUAGCAACGGUGUUCCAAUUGGAGUGCGGACGGUGCAGUGUUUGUGGUGGCAAUUCGAUUUUUCGGAAUUUUUUAUAAGGCAGCCGUGAUUGCUUUUUUGCUCUCGUCAGAACGCGUUAAGUAAUCAAUUAGAAAUUUUCAACUGGGCGCAUUGAGAGUUCCAAACCGAUUCCGGCGUGGAUUCGGAGCACUUAUUUCCGUGAUUUCCGCCUUCGAGUGCACUGUGCUUUUGUUUAUACGACCUCCGGUCGCCCCACAUUUUUUGGUGAACUUGUGCCGCCCAGCGGUGUUGUCAUUGCCCCACCUCCCCCGGAAAAAAUCGAAACUCCCGCAUAGUGGGCGAUAUCGCAGGGCGAAGUCGUUUAUGGCCGUUAGACCAAAACUUUCCACAAAACCCUAGAAGCUUGCGCAAUUCCGAACCUCAACCAACCCAGCAGAGCUAUUGGCAUUUAAUAUUUCCGAGUGCCACCCCAAAACGAAUUUAAAUUCAGAGGAACAGCUGACUCGGGUCAGAGCUGAGGCAAAUCCACCCCACUGUGCAAAAGUGGAAACACUUGGGCGGCAGAAAUUCAUAAAGCAAAAAGCUAACAAAAUCGACAAAGGGAAACACUGAAGAAGAAAUAAAAGAGAGAGCGAGCUUAUUUGGUUUAUUUAAAGACUCGCCUGCACAACAACUACAAUCAAUUUAUUAUUCAGCCUAUAAUGUAAGAUAUUGCAAUGACAAAGGACCAAGAUCCAGCUAUGGUUGUAACUUAGCCCAGGAACCCCGAGCCCAACAAUUACCGCAGAGACAACGAAAGUCGCACUGAAGGCUGCUAAUCGAGGAAGCAGAUCAUAAAUCACUAUCUGGCGCCAGCGAGGAGGCAGCGAUUGAGUUGCACCGCCGAACAAGAAUUAAUCAUACGCCGCGUUGACCGACCAGCUGUCGAUAUGUAUACUCCUGCCAGUCCGCCCCCGCACCCCUCGCCGCGCACUUGACACGUGGAGCGGCAGAAUAUCCUGCUCCGAAGCCGCAGCAACACCUCCUGGAAAGCCACUGAGAGCCAGCUUCGCGUUUGAUUUGUGUUCGUUAUUUUUUAUGGUUUGAGCUCGACGGGCGCGCUAAUUCGUUGUCGUUAUCAUCGCAAAGUGCUCGGUGUCGGUGAACACAAAGUACCGCAUGUGGCUGCCAGGGCUAAAUCCGUUUACCGGCAGCAUAAACUGCUACAAUAGCAUAACCAACAGCAACAGCAACACCAACUGUAACAUCAGCAGCAACUGCCAGCGGUUGCCGUCAAUUAUCGCUCAAUAUAUUCUCCGUUGGCCUGUGAUAAACCCCCUAGCGUUCUUAAUGAAUGACAUUCGGUCCAAGUCAUUCUAUCGUGCAGGCAAGGCAACAUCUGCAGCAUCCGCAUCGGCGACCACUGCCGCUAAGGCGUUCGACAACAGCCAGAACAACAAUCCCCGUACUUACAACAACAGCGGCAAGUCGAACAAGGUGUUCCUGCACUACAUACCCCGCGACCCGCGCCUAAGAAUUUUCAAUAAGACCGCCACCCUGAAUAAACACUCGAACCGCACUCUCAGCGAGUUAAACAUAACUGAAGAUCUGUGUAAUUAUGGUGAAUUGAUUGGCGGCAGUGCUUCGGUGAAACCAGUGAAAUUAGUGCUAGUGAAGUCUUAAAGCCGCAGAGCGCCAAUCGCUUGGUUCGUUUGUUCGGUGGAGCUGUUGUCGUGCGAGAAGAGCACUGUUUGGAUUACGAAAGCUACGCACCGCAGUCGAUCACCGGAAGGGGAAGCCUUCACCUACCGCCUACUUAAGAGAAUCCACGAAUCCAUGCUGAAAUCUAAUGCAAAUUGUGUUCACUUCCAAUA